AUGCAAGUGAUGGACAGCAGAUUGGCGGAAUCACUGUCCUAUUCACAAAUGCAAAGCAAUGACCCCAUCACGGAUCCCUCCACCGCUCCACAGAUGUGUCGGUCCAUAAAUGAAAUUCACCCGGACUCUCUCACUAAUGACCUCGGCGUGUACAGCGGAGGGCGAGCUGCAGCUAACUCCAUUGGGCCUUUACAUUGCCAAGGCGUGUCUAGUUUUGUCCAAGGUCAUGAAAUAAGCAGUAACAGCAGAGGUCAGGCAUCAGCAGAGCCUACAAAGGAAGAUAGUUUUAAGUCCUUCAGAUCCCGGGGGCCACCAAAAAAAAGACGCCCCGAGGUGGAAUCAGACUCUGACAACGAGGCGGAAGCAGGACCUACAAACAAAAAGGACCGACGGGGAGAGAGUGUAAAGGACCCAGUCAAAACUGAAAUCCAGCUUCCAUUACUCAAGUUACGGGACUUUCAAGACUCUGCAAAGUGGAAAGACUUUUCAAAGUCUAAGAAGAUGCCUCCAUAUUUUGACCUAAUAGAAGAAAAUCUGUAUCUAACUGAGAGGAAGAAAAGCAAAUCUCAUAGAGAUAUCAAACGAAUGCAGUGUGAGUGUCCGCUGUUGUCCAGAGAGGAGCGUUCAAAGGGAGUGAUGGCAUGUGGAGAGGACUGCUUAAAUCGUCUGCUCAUGAUCGAAUGUUCAUCUCGGUGCCUGAAUGGAACCUACUGCUCUAACCGUCGCUUUCAGAUGAAACAACAUGCAGAUUUUGAGGUCAUUCUCACUGUGGACAAAGGCUGGGGUCUUAGAGCUGCUCGAGACAUGCCCGCAAAUACUUUUGUUUUGGAAUACUGUGGGGAGGUGUUGGACCAUAAGGAGUUUAAGACGAGAGUGAAAGAAUAUGCCCGGAUGAAGAACAUCCACUACUACUUUAUGUCUCUGAAAAAUAACGAGAUUAUUGACGCUACACUGAAAGGUAAUUGUUCGCGUUUCAUGAAUCACAGCUGCGAACCCAACUGCGAAACACAAAAGUGGACGGUCAACGGACAGCUUCGUGUUGGUUUCUUCACCACUAAAGCAGUGACACAAGGGACUGAGCUCACCUUUGACUAUCAGUUCCAGAGAUAUGGUAAAGAAGCUCAGAAAUGCUACUGUGGAGCUCCCAGCUGCAGAGGUUUCCUUGGAGGGGAAAACCGUGUGAGUGUUCGAGCCGCUGGCGGGAGUGGUGGGAGAAUGAAGAAGGAUCGCACCCGGAAAAGUGCCCUCACAACAGUUGAUGAGGAACUGGAGGCCUUACUAGACUAUGGAGAAGGCCUUUAUGAUGAAAAGCAGGUGGUUGCUCUGUGCAGACUAAUGGUCCGAGUGGAAACUAUGGAACAGAAACUCCUGUGUCUGAAACUCAUCCAGGACACUCAGAAUCCAUCGUGCCUCAAACAGUUCCUGGACCACCACGGCCUGUCGCUGCUUUGGAUCUUCAUGGUGGAACUGUCUGAAGCAAAAGGCAACACUGCCAAUAACAUCAAGCUACAGCUGGAGAUUUUGAAGACUUUGGCUGUGUUGCCGAUUUCCACUAAGAACAUGUUGGAGGAGAGCAAAGUGUUGACCCUGAUUCAGCGCUGGGCUCAUUCCUGCCCUCAGCCCGCAGAGAACGAUGGCUACUCCAGCGAAAACACGUCCAGAGCCCAAACACCGCUCAACACCCCUGAUGGAUCCAACCUUAAGACAGGAGCAGAAAUGGACAACGACUCUGCCAAACCUUCUGUUUUUCGACGCCUCAAAAUCAUCAGUGAAAACAGUUUGGACAGUGCCCUCUCUGAUGCCAGCAAAGCCUCAGAUGGAAAAGAGGAUGAUGAGGAUGAGGAUGAAGACGAUGAAGAAUCUUCACAUGCUGGUCUGUCCGAGGCCUUGGAGACCAAGCUCGAAUCAAAAACAGAGACAGAAAAAACAAAAGAAUCGGAAAUUAAAGAGGAGACACAGAGUGUGUCUAUUGAGAAAUGUUUAGACGUUCAAGAAGAGUCCACAUCCAGUCAUGACCAAGACAUCACUGAGGUGGUGGUGGUGGAGAUGGAGGUCCAAGAGGACAUGAGUUUGUCUCCGCUGCUGGAAAGUAGUGAAGUAAAAGAGCCAAAUGAAAUUCAGGAUGAAGGGGAAAAUGAAGCGACAGUAGAAGUUUCUACUGAGGAACCUGAGCAAAAAGAUGUCAAAAAUGAGCAACCAAGAAGUGAGCUAUCUGAGGGAAACGAUCAGCUCACGAGUGACGUCUCUGAAGGACUUGAAGUUACCCACGUUGUUCAAGCUGAAGCGCUUUCAGCUGAGGAAGUUCCAGGGGAGUGUGUUCCUGCAGAGGCUGUUCCCGUGGAGACUGUUCUGGCAGAGGCUGUUCUGGCGGAGGCUGUUCCCGUGGAGGCUGUUCCCGUGGAGGCUGUUCCCCUGGAGGCUGUUCCCCUGGAAGCUGUUCCUCUGGAGGCUGUUCCCCUGGAGGCUGUUCCCCUGGAGGCUGUUCCCCUGGAGGCUGUUCCCCUGGAGGCUGUUCCCCUGGAGGCUGUUCCCCUGGAGGCUGUUCCCCUGGAGGCUGUUCCCCUGGAGGCUGUUCCCCUGGAGGCUGUUCCCGUGGAGGCUGUUCCCGUGGAGGCUGUUCCCGUGGAGGCUGUUCCCGUGGAGGCUGUUCCCGUGGAGGCUGUUCCCGUGGAGGCUGUUCCCGUGGAGGCUGUUCCCGUGGAGGCUGUUCCCGUGGAGGCUGUUCCCGUGGAGGCUGUUCCCGUGGAGGCUGUUCCCGUGGAGACUGUUGCAGUGGAAGCGGUUCUAUCAGAGGCUGUUCCAGCGGAGGGUAUCCAGACUGAAACUAUUCAAGUUGAGCCUUCUGUGGAGGAUUCUGAUCCAGCCCCUGACCUAGCAGCCUCUGCACUCACCACCACAGGGCCUUCUCAAGAGCUGAAGAUGCAGGCAGAGACACAAGACGUUGAGAAGACCAACAAGGAGCAAAACAACUCUGCUGCUGAUUCGGUGAUUAGCUGUGAAGUGCCGGAGGCCAGUGUGCCCUCAGCGGCCGCCUCAGUGGAGCCAUCGGUGGUCGGCACGCCAUCGCAGGACGAUGAUGAAGGUCUUUCUGAUGUGGAGAGUGAGAGGAGCCAGGAGCCACAGCUCAGCACCAUGGACAUCAGCGGGAUGGCGGCCCGACUUCUGGAUAGCUGGAAAGAUUUGAAGGAAGUCUACAGAAUACCAAAAAAAACCCAGGUAGAGAAGGAAGACCGCAGUCGAGAUCGAGACACUGCUCGUCCUGCUUCAGGAAGCCGAGAGCGGGAGAGAGAACGAGAAAAGGAUCGCGACAGGGAGCGUGACAGAGAGCGCGACAGAGACCGUGACAGAGAGCGCGACAGAGACAGAGACAAAGACCGUGAGAGGGAGCGCGAGAGGGACAGGGAGAGAGAGAGGGAGCGUGAGAGGGACCAUGAGCGCGAUCGUGAAAGAGAGCGAGAUAGAACGCCCCGCAGCAGCGAGAGGCGCAGGCGGCGCUCGCUCUCCCCUCCUCAGUCUUAUGAACGGAGCAGCCGGCGCACUGAAGAACGGUUUGACAAUGUCAACAGCAAGACUCCAAGGAGUGUCGGAGGAAAGGAAAGAAACAAGCUCUCCACAGAGGAGCGCAGGAAACUCUUUGAACAGGAAGUGGCUCAGCGUGAGGCUCAGAAGCAGCAGCAACUGCAGCUGCAGCAGGAGCAGCUGCAGCAACUGCAGCUGCAGCAGGAGCAGCUGCAGCAUCAGCAGCAGCAGCAGCUUCAUCAACAACAGCUUCAGCAGCACCAACAGCAGCAACAGCUCCAGAGUCUGGGCUAUGACCCGGCCUUGGCUUAUGCCUCUACCUCUGGGUUUAUUACAUAUCCCACUGGGUAUCCUGUCCAGCCUUUUGUAGAUCCUAUCAACCCUAAUGCAGGUAAAGUGCUGCUACCCACCCCUCCAGUGGAAGUGCCAAUGGCCUAUGAGCAGACUCCUCCUCUAGGACUGUCCUCUCCCUCCUCCACUCCCCAGGCCGUUCCAAUAUCCACAAUACCACAGCAGAUCAGCACAGAGCCCCUCCCACCAGGGACCUCACAGCCGUACGUCCAGCCCACGGUCACUGCUCAGGACACGGUGGCUGUGCUGUCUAUACCGCCGCCUGCAGCACCUCCUGUACAGGGUCAGAGCUACACAACUCUGUGGGACCCCGCAACACAGCAGGCAGUCACAGUACAAACAGCCCAACAGUACACUACAGCUCCAGCUCCUCCUCAGCCUGCAAUCUACUACCAGGGCCAGCCGUGCCCCACGCUCUACAGCAUCCCCACCGCCUACCCACAAGGCAGCACUCCAGUCAUACAGGCCUACACCGAUCCUGCGGGCAAUUACCUGCACAGUCAACCAGUCUAUCCUGGCCAGCAGGGGGUGGUAGUGCAGCAAGGGGGCACAGUUACCACCAUUGUUACCUCCCAAACUCAGGAGGUGAUUGUCCCAAACAACAUUGUCGACCUGCCUCCACCCUCUCCCCCCAAACCCAAAACUAUUGUUCUACCUCCAAACUGGAAAGUUGCUCGGGACCCAGAAGGAAAGAUCUACUACUACCACAUUGCAACAAGGCAAACAACGUGGGACCCGCCAACGUGGGACGGAACGACUGAAACUUCCAUGGAACAUGAGUCUGAAAUGGACCUGGGUACUCCAACCUAUGAUGAAAAUCCUUCCAAGUUUUCAACUAAAACAGCUGAAGCAGACACAUCCAGUGAAUUGGCAAAAAAGAGUAAAGAGUCAUUCCGUAAAGAGAUGUCCCAGUUCAUUGUACACUGUCUGAAUCCUUAUCGGAAGCCUGACUGCAAACUGGGAAGAAUUGUCAACACCGAAGACUUCAAACACCUGGCGAGAAAACUCACUCACGGCGUAAUGAACAAGGAACUGAAGGCGUGCACGAACCCCGAGGACCUGGAGUGCAACGAAAACGUCAAGCACAAGACGAAAGAGUACAUCAAGAAAUACAUGCAGCGCUUUGGCUCCGUGUACCGGCCCAAAGAAGACACCGAGGGCUCCACAGACACACGGCCCGGUCUGCAUGGCACAUGGAAGCAGAUGUUUGCAAGUCGAAGCAACGAUGAUGAUUCAUUAGAGCCGUGGUGUGAAGAGCUUGAACCCCCUCACUCCCUUCCCUCCACUACCUCCCCUCCCUCCCAGCCCUCCCCCUAUUCCCCCUUCCUGAAGCCUCUGGUCCAAACCACAGUAAAAUGUUCCCGUCUGGAGUGA